CUUCUCAGUUUCUCACUCAGACUUUAUCACAAGCAACAGGUCGGGGCACAGCUACCAUGCGCUGUCCUCUUUCUUCCACAACUUCUGUUCUUUCUUGAGAAAUGCAAACAACUUGACUUUUUAACUUUUAUUGUUGUUUCGGACAACUUCUUUAUUUUUUAAGCGAAUCCACAAAUUGCUGGAGAAGCUUAGCUACUAACCUACAAAAAAAGUUAGACGUCUCCAGCAACAGACAUCGCUGGAUCACACUUGGAUUUUAUUUUGUGCCGCAUCUGUCUCAGAGAGACUGAGAUGGAGAAUGGGACGUCUGAUGAUGUGGAUGCAAUGUGGGAUAAAGUGGAGUGCAAACGCUACGAAAUCUGUCGCACCAUCUCCCCAGCAAAGCUGACCCCCUACCUCCGCCAGUGUAAAGUCCUGGACGAGCAGGAUGAGGAUGAGAUCCUCAACUCCCUGCUUCUGGUCUCCAAAGCAAAUCGCACAAGCCGUCUACUCGACAUCCUUCGCACUAAAGCGGAGCGGGGCUACGUAGCGUUCCUGGAAAGUCUGGAGUUUUACUACCCUGACUUGUACAAGGUGGUUACAGGAAAGGAGCCCACACGACGCUUCUCCACAAUCGUAGUGGAGGAAGGCCAUGAGGGUUUGACUCAGUUUCUCAUGAAUGAAGUGAUGAAGCUGCAGCAGCAGACAAGAGUCAAGGCCCAGCAGCAGGCUGAGCUGAGCAGGAAGAACUGCACCUUGGAGGACGAGCACAAGAAACUGCGGCUGGCCAACCAGGAGCUUCAGGCCUUCCAGCAAAGGUACAAUAAGUUGCGAGAGGAGAGGAACACUUACAGUGACGAGUUGCUGAGAGUAAAAGAUGAAAACUACAAACUGGCUAUGAGGUAUGCCACACUGAGUGAGGAGAAGAACAUGGCCGUGAUGAGGAGCCGAGACCUGCAGCUGGAGAUUGACCAACUGAAACACAAGCUAAACAAGGUGGAAGAAGAGUGCAAGAUGGAGAGGAGGCAGAGUCUGAAAUUGAAGAACGACAUUGAGAAUCGGCCAAAAAGAGAGCAGAUUUUUGAGCUGGAACGAGAGAAUGAAAUGCUCAAGAUUAAACUACAGGAGCUUCAGUCCAUCAUACAGCCCGGGCCCUUGCCUGAGUCAGACAAGGCCAUUCUUGACAUUUUGGAGCACGACAGACAGGAAGCCCUGGAAGACAGACAGGAUCUGGUCAACCGCCUCUACAACCUGCACGAAGAAGUCCGACAAGCAGAGGAACUACGAGAUAAGUACUUGGAGGAGAAGGAGGAGCUUGAGCUGAAGUGCUCCACACUUCAGAAGGACUGUGAGAUGUAUCGGAACCGCAUUGACACAAUCUCUACGCAACUUGAUGAGGUGGAGAAGGAAAGGGACCAGGCAUUUCGAGCCAGAGACGAGGCCCAGCAUCACUUCUCUCAGAGUCUCAUCGACAAAGAUAAAUAUCGUAAACAGAUCAGAGAGCUGGAGGAGAAGAGCGAUGAACUCCAAAUUGAGAUCGUACGAAAAGAAGCCAGGCUGCUCACACUUGAGAGUCGGCUUCGACGGAUGUCCAAAGACAUUCCCUUGGAUCAGAGUUUACCGAGGGACUUCCCUCCAGCCAUCAUCUCCCAGAUGGACGAAUUUAAACAGCCACAGUCAGAAACGUCCAGUGACGAGUCACAUGAGGAAAAGUUAUCAUCUGAGGGGCCUCGACUCAUUCGCAGACCAAACCUUAAAGCAACAAGAGCAAAAUCUUCAGUUUGUACGCUGAAAGACCCUCAGUUCAACUCCGAAGGCUGUCAGCGUGGAGACCUACUGGGCAUUCAGAUGCCCUUGCACCACAAUGGCGGUUCACUCCCACCGUCGCCAAGCUUCCCGAUAUCUCCCACUUAUCCGGGAUCCACAGGCCCCCCCUUCUCCUCCUCCUCCUCGUCCCCUUUCCCAUCCUCCUUUCCCCUGUCGGAGCAGUCCAGGUCAAACUUGCUGCGUAACCGUAACGACAGCAUGAUGUCUAUAGUCGCAGAACCCCCAGAAAAAGCUUCUCUGUGCCGCAGAGAAAGGGAAAAGGAACACGACUUUUACCCCCGCAGUCUCUCAGAUUUUGAUAGUGACACUAUGGACAUUCAGACAGAGGAUGGCCCAAACUCUGUGAUCUCCUCUUCGUCCUCCCACCAGUCAGAGGGGCUGGACUCGUACGACCUGGAGCAGGUCAACAAUAUCUUCAGGAAGCUCUCGUUGGAGAGGCCGUUCCGCCCCUCUUUGUCCUCCUUUUCAAGAAUCAGCUCAUCUUUGAAGCCGGUGCAGGAGGUGUCAUUUCUGGGAGACAACCUGCUUAAGGACAUCACCUUGGUUGGUGGCAAUGAAAGCGGGAUCUUCAUCUCAUCCGUCCAGCCUGGAACAAAUGCUGAGAAGGCGGGGCUAAAGGAGGGAUACCACCUCCUGCUGCUGGAGGGGUGUGUUCGAGGGGAAAUCCAACGCAUUGCAUUGGAUACCAGCACACAGGAAGAAGCCCACUGGACGCUGCAGCACUGCUCUGGAUUCAUCACACUGCACUAUCGAGCCAGUUUUGAUGCAUAUCGCCGUCUCCAGAGGGAUCUAGCAGAUGGUAAAUUAGCUUCUGGCGACUCUUUCUACAUCCGAGUAAACCUCAACAUCUCCGGACAAUCCGACUGCUGCUCUUUAAGCGUGCGCUGCGAUGAAGUUGUGCACGUGCUGGAUACCAGGCACCAGGGCCUCUGCCAGUGGCUUUGUGCUCGUGUGGAGCCAUUUAGUGGCUCUGACCUGGCCGAGCGUGGCACCAUUCCCAGCAACUCAAGAGCACAGCAGCUGCUGCUGGUGAAGAUUCAAAAGUUGGUGUGUCGAAGUGGGAAAGAAGAAAUUGACAAUAGCAGAAACACUUUAGCGCCAGAAGAAACAAGCUCGUCUCUCGAUCCCAAAGCCAGUCCACGCUUGUCCAGAGCGAGCAUUUUCCUCAGUCAGAUUCUGCAGUUCGUCGGCAGGGUGGACAUCAAAUACAAACGAAUGAACAGCAAUGAACGCGUGAGGAUUGUCAACUCUGGCAGCUCAUUACUACCAAGACAAGAACUGGAGAUGCUCAGGCCUGAAGAUGCUGCUGACCUAGACAACAAACUGAGCAGAGGGUUGAACCUGAUUCCAUACAGUCCUGUCACCCUUCAGCGGACCCAACGAAGACGGCCUGUCCUGUUCGCUCCUGCCACUUUAGCCAAAACCAUUAUCCAGAAAAUUCUUAACAUGGGAGCAGCCAUGGAAUUUAACAUCUGCAAACCAGAUACCCUGUCCAAAGAGGAGUUUCAUCUGAAACAGAACGUGGAGCCUUUCAUUCACUACAAAGAAAAACAAGCGACAUUUGAAUGCAUCACGAGAGAAAACAUAGAGGCUGUUGCUGCCAAAGGGAAACACUGCCUGCUGGAGGCUGAGCUGAGCUGCGUCAAGGAUCUCCUACGGAGAGAUAUCUAUCCGAUCAUCAUUUACGUCAAGAUUAGUGAGAAAAAUAUCAAAAGGCUCAGGAAGCUGCCUGUGCGUGUGGAGUCGGAGGAGGAGUUUCUGAGGUCAUGUCGGGCUAAACAGAAAGAGCUGGAGGGCCUGCCUUGCCUCUACGCCACCCUGGAGCCCGAAUCUUGGACGGGGACGGACGACCUGAUCCGGGUCAUCAAGGACCGAAUCAUGGAGGAGCAAAGGAAGACUGUCUGGGUUGAGCAGGAUCUCCUGUAGUGGAUGUGGCCCUAAGAACUAUAAACUGUGUACACCAGUCAUCAUCUCAUAUUUAUAGUCAGCCUUAGAAAAACAUACACUCAUAGACACUGAUUUCUUUUUGAAUAAAUGCAUUGUAUAUUUUGUAAAUGUGUGUUUCAGAUAAAACAAAUAAAAAAUGUAAUAGCUUUAAA